AUGAUUGCAUGUAAAGGUAGAACAACAUUAAAACAAUACAUGUCAUUCAAACCAAUAAAAAGAGGUAUAAAAGUAUGGGCAGCUGCAUGUUCUAAAACUGGUUACUUGUUAAAUUUUGAUAUUUAUCAAGGGAAACAAGAAGACCCAGAAAAACACAGUUAUUCAGACUCAACUGUUUUUGAUUGUCUAGUGUAUUAUCUGGCUGGGUAUAUAUCAAAAUGUUUAGUAGCCAAAACUAAAUGUGAAUUAUGUAAGUUACAUUUAAUGAACUUAAAUACUUCUAAAACUGGGCCUGAAGCAGAUCUGGUGAAUAUAAAAAGUAGAGGCUACCUGACCCAUCCAAAUAAUAACAUUUUUAAAAUUUUUAAGUUAUUAGAGUUAUCAUUUACUAAAUUUGCUGAUGCACAUAAUGUUUUUGAAGAGGCUUCUGAAUUUUUUUUUAAGUCAAAAUAUAACUAUUUUCCAUGUACUGAACAUCGAACAGAUGUACUAAUGGAUAUUUGUUCAUAUUACCUGAUUAUGAGAAUGCGUCAAUACAGCUAUCAACAGAACCAAAAUAACAAAAAAAUUAAUAAAACAAAAAAAAAUCUUUCAAAAUUGGUUAAAAGUUUACUAAAAUAA